UUCUGUCUUGAAGCCAGACAAUCGACUUGCAGCUCUCUCUCCCCUCCCUCUCUCCACGUUCUGCUCCCACUCGCUCUCCCCUGUCCUCUUGCCCUCCCCUCUUGAAGGAAAGCCCCCCGAAACCAACAAAGCUGAGCCGAGGGAAACAAACAAAACAAACACACCGGGCCAGACAAGCAAUCGACAAAACUUUGCAAAAGCAAAAACAAAAAAGGAAAAACUAACCAACCUCAAUCAACUAGCCCUGAGCCACCCGGGGCGCCCUCCCGCGCCCUCUCGCACCCUCGCACACACAAAAGGCGGCGCGCCGGAGCCCGAGACCCGGGAGCCGCCGCCACCCCGCCGCCGCCCGCAGCCAGGGGAGCAGAAGUCCGGACGCGGCCCCCAUAGAUAUGGCAAUGGUAGUCAGCACGUGGCGCGACCCCCAGGACGAGGUGCCCGGCUCUCAGGGCAGCCAGGCCUCGCAGGCGCCGCCCGUGCCGGGCCCGCCGCCUGGCGCCCCGCACACGCCACAGACGCCGGGCCAAGGGGGCCCGGCCAGCACGCCGGCCCAGACAGCGGCUGGCGGCCAGGGCGGCCCUGGCGGCCCCGGCAGCGACAAGCAGCAGCAGCAGCAGCACAUCGAGUGUGUGGUGUGCGGGGACAAGUCGAGCGGCAAGCACUACGGCCAAUUCACGUGCGAGGGCUGCAAGAGCUUCUUCAAGCGCAGCGUGCGGAGGAACCUGAGCUACACGUGCCGCGCCAACCGGAACUGUCCCAUCGACCAGCACCACCGCAACCAGUGCCAGUACUGCCGCCUCAAAAAGUGCCUCAAAGUGGGCAUGAGACGGGAAGCUGUUCAGAGGGGCAGGAUGCCGCCCACCCAGCCUACCCACGGGCAGUUCGCGCUGACCAACGGGGACCCCCUCAACUGCCACUCGUACCUGUCCGGAUAUAUUUCCCUGCUGCUGCGUGCAGAGCCCUACCCCACGUCUCGCUUCGGCAGCCAGUGCAUGCAGCCUAACAACAUCAUGGGCAUCGAGAACAUUUGCGAACUGGCCGCGCGGAUGCUCUUCAGCGCCGUGGAGUGGGCCCGGAACAUCCCCUUCUUCCCUGACCUGCAGAUCACGGACCAGGUGGCCCUUCUUCGCCUCACCUGGAGUGAGCUGUUCGUGCUGAAUGCAGCGCAGUGCUCCAUGCCCCUCCACGUCGCCCCGCUGCUGGCCGCGGCUGGCCUGCACGCUUCACCCAUGUCAGCCGACCGGGUGGUCGCCUUUAUGGACCACAUACGGAUCUUCCAAGAGCAAGUGGAGAAGCUCAAGGCACUGCACGUCGAUUCCGCCGAGUACAGCUGCCUCAAGGCCAUCGUCCUGUUCACCUCAGAUGCCUGUGGUCUGUCUGAUGUAGCCCAUGUGGAAAGCUUGCAGGAAAAGUCCCAGUGUGCUUUGGAAGAGUACGUUAGGAGCCAGUACCCCAACCAGCCAACGCGGUUCGGAAAGCUUUUGCUUCGUCUGCCUUCCCUCCGCACGGUCUCCUCCUCAGUCAUAGAGCAAUUGUUUUUCGUCCGUUUGGUAGGUAAAACCCCCAUCGAAACCCUCAUCCGGGAUAUGUUACUGUCCGGCAGCAGUUUUAACUGGCCAUAUAUGGCAAUUCAAUAAAUAAAUCAAUCAAAAUAAGAAGGGGGAGUGAAACAGAGAAAGAAAAGGCAAAAGACUGGUUUUGUUUGCUUAAUUUCCUUCUGUUAAGAAAGGAUGUUACAAGUUUGCUAAAAGAAGAGGGGGAAGAAUUUAAUGGACUGUGAAUUUCAAAAAGAGAGAGAG